GGGGUGAGGGCCGCCCCGUCUCUGGGUUGAAGCCUCUCCCUUCUCUCCUGCAGGCUUGGCCCAGAAGAAGAUGGCCCCGUCGGAGGCCCCUCCGACCACGGGACAGCUGGGCCCUGGCCAUGGGAAGAAGCUGGGCCAUCGGGGCGUGGACGCGUCCGGGGAGACCACCUACAAGAAGACCACAUCCUCCACCCUGAAGGGGGCCAUCCAGCUGGGCAUCGGCUACACCGUAGGCAACCUGAGCUCCAAGCCAGAACGCGACGUGCUCAUGCAGGACUUCUACGUGGUGGAGAGCAUCUUCUUCCCCAGUGAAGGCAGCAACCUCACCCCCGCCCACCACUUCCAGGACUUCAGGUUCAAGACCUACGCACCAGUCGCCUUCCGCUACUUCCGGGAACUCUUCGGCAUCCGGCCGGAUGAUUACUUGUACUCGCUGUGCAACGAGCCACUCAUCGAGCUGUCCAACCCCGGCGCCAGCGGCUCCCUCUUCUACGUCACCAGCGACGACGAGUUCAUCAUCAAGACGGUGAUGCACAAGGAGGCCGAGUUCCUGCAGAAGCUGUUACCGGGCUACUACAUGAACCUCAACCAGAACCCGCGGACGCUGCUGCCCAAGUUCUACGGGCUGUACUGCGUGCAGUCGGGCGGCAAGAACAUCCGCGUGGUGGUCAUGAACAAUGUCCUGCCGCGGGUCGUCAAGAUGCACCUCAAGUUCGACCUCAAGGGCUCCACGUACAAGCGGCGGGCCAGCAAGAAGGAGAAGGAGAAGAGCAUUCCCACCUACAAGGACCUGGACUUCAUCCAGGACAUGCCCGAGGGGCUCCUGCUGGACGCGGACACCUUCUCCGCCCUCGUCAAGACGCUGCAGCGGGACUGCCUGGUGCUGGAAAGCUUCAAGAUCAUGGACUACAGCCUGCUGCUGGGCGUGCACAACAUCGACCAGCAGGAGCGGGAGCGCCAGGCCGAGGGCGCCCAGAGCACCGCCGACGAGAAGCGGCCGCUGGGCCAGAAGGCCCUCUACUCCACGGCCAUGGAGUCCAUCCAGGGCGGGGCCGCGCGCGGGGAGGCCAUCGAGUCGGACGACACGAUGGGCGGCAUUCCCGCCGUGAACGGCCGCGGGGAGCGCCUGCUGCUGCACAUCGGCAUCAUUGACAUCCUGCAGUCGUACAGGUUCAUCAAGAAGCUGGAGCACACCUGGAAGGCGCUUGUCCACGACGGGGACACGGUCUCUGUGCACCGGCCCAGCUUCUAUGCCGAGCGCUUCUUCAAGUUCAUGAGCAACACGGUCUUCCGGAAGAACUCCUCCCUGAAAUCCUCCCCGUCCAAGAAGGGCCGCGGCGCGUUGCUGGCCGUCAAGCCCCUGGGGCCCACAGCCGCCUUCUCGGCCAGCCAGAUCCCCAGCGAGCGGGAGGACGCACAGUAUGACCUUCGGGGGGCCCGCAGCUACCCCACGCUGGAGGACGAAGGCCGGCCCGACCUCCUGCCCUGCACGCCGCCAUCUUUUGAGGAGGCCACCACCGCCUCCAUCGCCACAACCCUGUCCUCCACGUCCCUCUCCAUCCCGGAGCGAUCUCCCUCGGAGACCUCAGAGCAGCCACGGUACCGGAGGCGCACACAGUCUUCCGGACAGGAUGGCCGGUCCCAGGAGGAGACACACGUGGAGGAGGACCUGCAGCAGAUCACGGUGCAGGUGGAGUCUGCGUGCAGCGUGGAGAUCGUGGUCCCCAAGGAAGAGGACGCGGGGGUGGAGGCUUCCCCAGCCAGUGCCUCUGCCGCUGCUGAAGCAGAAACGGCCAGCCAGGCCUCGGAGCCCGCCAGCCAGGCCUCAGAUGAGGAGGACGCACCCGCCACUGACAUCUACUUUUUCACCGAUGGGAGGUACUGGAUUUACUCUCCCCGGCAUCGCCGACUGCGGGCCGUGACGCUGAGCUCCUCAGGGACUCCCGCCGACGAGAGGAGCUGGGUGUACUCCCCGCUUCACUAUAGCGCGCAGGUCCACCCAGCCUCCGACGGCGAGAGCGACACCUAAUUUCUAUGCAGUCACCGACCCAGCGCCGAGCGCUCGCUGCCGCCCCGGCCGCUUCCCGGAGGCGCCGCCCGCCCGCCGGACCUCGCUCCUCGGCCGAGGCCCCCAGCUCCCGUCUACUACCUACGCCUGUGAGACUGUGAACCUCCCCGAGUGUCCGAUCGUGUAUUUAUUUUGGGUCCUUACUCUUUGCACAAAGACGGCAGCACAGGUGUGCUUUUUUUUUUUUAGAAAAAGAUAAAAAAGAAAAAAAAAAAAGGACGUGGUGGGAAAAGAAGAGAAAUCACCCCCACUGCACCUUGUGGUUCUUUGCUGUGCUUGGAUGUGUCUCCCCGAGGAACCAGGCCUGUCGGCUUCCGGGGACCGGGCGCCCUCUGAUGGGGGCCGGGCACCCUGGCUGAAACCCACGCUCCCAGGCUCCACCUCUCUGCUUGGAGGGGCCCCCAGGAGGGAAGGACCACAGAGUCCCCACUGGUGCCGGCGCCCCCCAGGCCCUCCUGGCUCAGGUGUUCCAGCCAGGCACGGGCCAUCCGUCCUUGGGAGUGGUCGACCCGUGACCCAGGGCGGCUCUCCACCCCGCCGAUGCCUGGAAUCUCUGCAUCUGCCUCCCCCCACCUCGCCUGCCACGUGGCCUGUGAGCAGGAAUGGCCUGGCAGCCGCCCCUCCCAGCGGAGCGCCAGACCGCGGCCUCCCCGUGGUCCCCGCGCAGCCUGCGCAGUCUCUGGAAGAGGUGCCCGAGGGAAGGGAGACGCUGGGCCCCCAGGCCGUGGGACUUGCGGGAGCCCUCCCGUGGUCAGGCUGCCCAGCUGUCCAGUCCCCCCAGGACUGCGACGGGUGUUUUUUCUUCUUCACGACAGCGAUGCAUCCUUGCGUUAAACGAUAAGAGAAGAAAUUCUUAGUGAAAAACAACAAUUUUCUUAGUUUGUCAUCUUCAGCAGGGGCAGCCCCUUUAGGGCUCAGAGACCCUGCCCUGCCCAGAGCGGGCCGCGGGAGCCGACCGCACUGCAGGGCUGUCCCGCCCCGACACAAAUGCAUUCCCACCUCUUGAGAGGUGACCUGGUGGGGGUGGCUGCCCCCUGCCCACUGGCCUGCUCGCUUGGGAGAGCUGGGCGCUGGCUUGGAGCAGAAGCCUCACCUUCUGGAAGAAUUUCUCCCAGCCCUUGCCUCCCUGGUGGAGAACCCCCUGGUCUAGGAGUUUGAUUUUCCGAGUCCCUUGGGAGCUGCGUAGCGGCUGCUCCCCAUGUGGGGCCCUCCUCUGCCCUCACCCCCCUCGCCUCUUGCACCCAGAGGCCGCCUGCUGGCCCGGCUGCUCACCGCUCCUCCCCGGGAACCAGGUUGCACGCUGGGGGCUGUCCCGUAGCUGCUGGCACAGGGAGACACCCCUCAGAGGACUCCUCCGGACCCACCUGCAGCUGUCCCGGAUGAGAAGCAGGACCACAUCCUCUCCUCCUUGUCCACGGAGCCUUUGUCCAGACCCUGGGAAGCGCCCUUGCCUGGAUUUCAGCCCAGCAUCUGUCCGUAGGUCCGUCCCUCCCCCUUCCCGCCAAGGGGAUGGCAGCGGCGCAGGCAGAGGACCACUGUGUCACUCAGAUGGCGGCAUCAGAGUCGAUGCCCAGGCAUGGACGUGAGUUCUGCGGGGAUGACCAGAGCGGGGCGCCCACAGCCCCCUGGAGCUACAGCGGCGCAGGGAGCCUGCCGGUCCCCUUGGGCUUUCCUGAAUCACAGAACAAAGGCACCGCUGGGAUGCCCACUGUCAAGAGAAAUUGGCAAACCUGGAUAUCAUGACGUUUCUAUUUUUGUGUUAGGUCCCUAAGACCCCCUUGCAGACCUGUUUUGUGUUGGUUGCAUCCUUUAUCCCUUUUCAAAGAACUGUCAUCACGUGGAUGCUAACGUCGCCUGCAGGCUGUGCUGGUGGGAGGGGUUUGCUUAUUCUUUUCUUCGGGGCUGGAAGGCAAGACUUAAUUUAUAAUGUGUAGCAAAUUCCUGGCCUUACCCAGCUCCCCACCCCCCACCCCAGAGAAAGGCUCUGGACCCAGCCAGCUGUCACCCCCUCCCCCCAGCAUAGAAAUCUGAAUUCCUUCGUGGCGACACCCUGUCUCCCCUCCCCCUCCCGGCUCAUCUCUGACGGGCUGCAGUCCCUGAGGGCGGAGAGCCUGGGCACUGGCCAGCCAGCUGCCUGUGCAGAGGAAAGGCAUUUCCUGGGACUGACAAGGUGCAACUUCCUGAGAGCCUCUCCCGCCUCUGUCCAACGCCCCCCUCGCCCCCUUCCUCCGCCACUUGGCUCAGUGCAAUACGCCCCUUCCCGCGGGGUCCCUUGCCGUGGUACUGUAGCUGCAGCCCCUGGGUCCGCACCGCGGGCCAGCGCCCUCCACCGCACCGCCUCUUCUCUGGUGGCUCAGUUGCAUCGCCUGCCCCACCCCCACCCCCAUCUCGUUCUUAUGGUCGAACUGAUUUCGGAACAACGAAAGUGCAAACCUGGUGUGUCUUAAUUCUCUCAGGGGUUCCGGGCGCUCAGCCGCCGCGGUCUGGUGUGCGACAAUCCGAGCGCAGCCUCGUGGGGCACAGAAUGCCGCCUCGCUCAAACCCAGAGCCGCGGGCGACCCGUAACUGUGCUGCUGGCCCCAAAUAACACGCGCAGCCCCGGGCCCCGCCCCGCCGCCCCUCCUUUUUACGUUGGAGAGAUCUCUCUAAUAAAUCAGAUAAUAAGCAUCA